CAUAUCUGUAAAUAUCGAUAUUCGAUUGCUGUAUUUCCAUUUACAGCUGGGACCGGAAAACUAAAGUGAAAAUGUCUGCCUCACUAAGUAGCAAAAACACUCUCGUCUCCUCCAUUAUCUCCGGCAUACUGAGCCUAUUAAUAUUUGCCAUUCUCCGAUUCUGUUCCGACUGGUUUAAUGGCUCUCAAAUCAACGUCCUGGUGGGCGGCUACUUGUUUUCGUGGCUCUUUAUCUUGAGCCUAACAUGUGUCUCAAAUGCAGAAAUGGUUAUAUUUGGUAAAGAUUUUCAAGCUAAACUGGUACCAGAGAUCAUUUUCUGUUUGACUCUGACUGUGGCAGCUGCCGGACUGGUGCAUAGAGUUUGUGCUACAACUAGCUUUUUUUUCUCUCUAUUGGGUCUGUAUUUUAUAAAUCGAAUCUCCUCAAAGUAUUAUUCGAAUGCUGCGGCAGCUGUUGAUGUGCCGGUCAAAAAAAGUGGCAAAAAAUUUAAAUAAUUACAAUUUUAUACAACUGCAUAAUUAAU